AUGCCCCAAAGCACAAACAUUCGCCUCCUCCUCUCCUCAGCCAACCACCGCUAUCGCCACCCUUUCUCCGCCGCGCCGCUUUUCUGCCUGCAAAAUCUCUCCUUCUCAAACUAUUUCCCUCUAUUGCCCAAGACCCACAAACCCCAUUACAGUUUUCCCACUUUUUCGUCAUACUCCAAGACGCCGUACUAUACAGACAGCAGAAGCAACAAAAAUUCACGCCCUGUUAGUAGAAAUCCAAGCCCAUUACCCAAGAUCGUGAACGAAAAGGUGAAUUUUAUGGAAGAAAAGGAUAGAAGUGGUAAAGGUGAGAGUGGAAAUUUCGGAUUUAAUCGGAAAAGGGCAGAGGGUAGAGAUUGGAGUGAGAGGCCCAAAAAGAAUUUGCAUUUGAAAGUUCGAAAGUUGAAUCCUGCUAACACCAUUUCUUAUGUUCAGAUACUUGGUACUGGUAUGGAUACACAGGACACAUCACCAUCAGUACUGCUAUUUUUUGACAAGCAACGAAUUAUAUUUAACGCUGGAGAAGGACUUCAACGUUUCUGCAAUGAGCAUAAAAUUAAACUGUCAAAGAUUGAUCACAUAUUUCUCUCACGUGUAUGUUCAGAAACUGCUGGUGGACUUCCGGGUCUCUUAUUGACUCUGGCAGGCAUGGGGGAUGAAGGAAUUGGAAUGACUGUCAAUGUGUGGGGUCCCUCCGAUUUGAAGUACCUAGUGAAUGCAAUGAGAUCAUUCAUCCCCAAUGCUGCUAUGGUUCAUACACGCAGUUUUGGCCAUACGCCCGAUUUUAAUGGAUCUCCUAUAGGAAUUUCAAGGAAGUUUGAUGACCCUUUUGUUCUCAUUGAUGAUGAAGUCGUGAAAAUAUCAGCUGUUAUCAUAAAACCAAGUUAUGUUGAUUUUCUUGAGCCGACGAAAGAAAAAUCCACCGAGUCUGGUUCUCCUAAAGCUUUUGAUAAUGAGACUAAACCUGGAGAUCUUUCUGUUGUUUAUAUUUGUGAAUUGCCGGAAAUAAAGGGAAAAUUUGACCCGAAAAAAGCUGCUGCUUUUGGACUGAGGCCGGGCCCGAAGUUUCGUGAGCUGCAACUUGGGAAUUCUGUUAAGUCUGAUCGUCAGGAUAUCAUGGUGCACCCAAGUGACGUAAUGGGCCCUUCCGUUCCUGGGCCCAUUGUACUUCUGGUUGACUGCCCGACACUUUCGCAUUUUAAGGAGUUGUCAUCUCUACAGUGUCUCGAGCCAUAUUUUAUAGAUACAGGUUAUGAUGUACCAGAAGGUUCCAAACUUGUGAACUGUGUAAUUCAUUUAACUCCAGCAUGCAUUGCACAGACAGAUGAUUAUCAAAUGUGGAUGUUGAAAUUCGGUGCGGCUCAGCAUAUUAUGGCGGGGCAUGAAAUGAAGAAUAUCGAGGUGCCAAUACUAAAGGCAAGUGCUAGAAUUGCAACACGUCUUAACUAUCUGUGUCCCCAGUUUUUCCCUUCGCCUGGUAUUUGGCCUCUUCAGAACUCGGCAAGCCUGAUAUCUGACUCUCAUAAGAAUCUCAUGUCAAGACCCAAUCAACUGAUUCAUGCAGAGAAUCUUCUUAAGUUCCAUCUUCGUCCCUAUUCCAUUCUCGGGCUCGACCGAUCAUGCAUACCAAGCCCAUCAUCUACUUCAACAAUCAUCGAUGAGUUACUAACAGAUAUUCCAGAGGUUAAAGAAGCUUCCAAACAAGUGAGCCACAUCUGGUCAAACAAGAAAGAUCUUCAUAGUAAUGACUAUUCAUUAACCGAGGAGCCAUGGGUGGAUGAAACUUCACUCCCGAGCUGUCUCGAAAAUAUAACUCGCGAAGAAGCCGAGAUUGUUCUUCUCGGCACUGGAUCUUCUCAGCCCUCAAAGUACCGUAAUGUGAGUUCGAUAUUCAUCAAUUUAUUCUCCAGAGGAAGUUUGCUUUUGGAUUGCGGCGAAGGAACACUGGGUCAGCUUAAAAGAAGAUUUGGUGUCCAAGGUGCCGAUGAAGCCAUAAAAAACUUGAAAUGCAUAUGGAUCUCUCACAUCCACGCUGACCACCACACGGGCCUCGCAAGAAUCCUCGCCCUAAGGCGGGACCUUUUGAAAGAAUCUCCACACGAGCCGAUCAAUGUUGUGGGCCCCAAGAAGCUCAAGUUGUUUCUCGAUGCCUAUCAGAGGCUCGAGGACCUCGACAUGUGUUUUAUCGAUUGUUGGCACACCACAAAAGCCUCGCUCGAGUCCUUGGACUCUACCGAUCCCGCUGGGCUGAACUCGGGCCCAAAUUUGUUCGAAAGAGGGAGCCGAAUGGAGAGCUAUUGGAAGACGCCAGGUAGCCCGACUCAGAUUCUGGACGUGAAGUCGUUGAGAAAUGUGCUUUUGGAGGCUGGUUUGGAAGGUUUGAUUAGUUUUCCGGUUGUUCAUUGCCCACAAGCGUUUGGAGUUGUGUUGAAAGGGGCAGAUCGGGUCAGCGGGGAUGGAAAAACGAUACCCGGUUGGAAGAUUGUGUAUUCAGGGGACACAAGGCCAUGCCCAGAGCUUGUCGAGGCUUCUCGUGGGGCGACUGUUCUCAUACAUGAGGCGACUUUUGAAGAUGGUAUGAUUGACGAGGCCAUUGCUAGAAACCACAGCACGACUAAGGAAGCUGUUGAGGUUGGAGAUUCUGCGGGAGCAUAUAGAAUCAUACUCACGCAUUUCAGUCAAAGAUACCCAAAGAUCCCGGUGUUUGACCAAAGCCACACGCACAACACGUGCAUUGCUUUCGAUCUGAUGAGUGUGAACUUGGCCGAUAUUCAUGUUCUUCCAAGAGUGGUGCCACACUUGAAAUUGUUGUUUAAGGAUGAAAUGAUUGUUGAUGAAUCUGAGGAUGUUGAGUUGGCCACUGCAGCUGCUUCUUAG